CUGCAUACUGAUCUCGAAUCCUUGACCCACCGUACGCGUCGUACAACUUCGAAAAGAGCACUCUCUACAGCGAGUAGAGAACCCUUGCAUACAGCCAAGUCACACCAGCGUUCCUUUACAGCAUCCCAGUCACAAUGCAUAUCAGGCACCUGAUGGAGAAGGGGAAGAGGCACCUCGGUGAAAGCUUGAGUCCGCCUCGAGGCGGUGGUGAUGAGGCCUACCUUUCCUAUUACGAUGUGAGAUUGUUUAGAGAGGAUGUCAACAGUAUCAAGGAUGAUGACUGGCUUACGGACAACGCCAUCUCAUUCUGGCAAGAGGUCCUCGAACGCGAAGAUCUAAAAGGCUACCCAAAAGCCUCAAUCGUCCUCCUCCGCCCGACCAUGUCCUACCUGCUCAUGCAGACCCCCGACCCCAUCACCCUCAAAGAAGCCCUCCCAAAUUUCAGUACAACAACACAUGUCUUCCUCCCUGUCAACGACAACAGGGACGUCACGAAAGCGGAAGGCGGCUCGCACUGGACUUUACUCCUCGUAUCGAUAAUCGACGGCGUAGCAUUCCACUACGAUUCCAUGCAUGCCUCAAACGAGCGGGAAGCACGGAGCACAACCAUGAAGUUGGAACAAUUACUCGGGAAGAGACUACGCUUCAUACCCAUGCUUGACGCGCCACAACAGGAGAACGGGAGUGACUGCGGUGUAUUCGUUUGCAUACUGAUGAAGCAUCUGUUGCUCAAGAGGCUACUCCGAGCAGAUGCGAGUAAGAAAAUCAGCAUGAGCAUGAAGGAUGCGCAUAUCAACGCUCGCGAUGGGCGGAGGACGAUGCUCAGGGUCAUCGAGGAGAAGCGACAGGAGGGAGAGAGGAGACGAUCACGAAGCCACUCACCGUUCCGCCCUCACUCUGCGCAUUCGAGAAGCCCGCCACGCGUGGGCGAGGAGAAUGCCAUGUCAUCACGAAAAACUUCAUUGAGCUAAUCACGGCCCUCUUCGAACAACCAAGACCUUUCCGCUCUCUACAUAGACGUCAUAAGGUAGACGACUGCAGUGAUCUUACCAGGACACACGUAGUCUGUUGGCUCUACCUUGAGCCUUUCUUCCAUUGGUCCUCCCCACUACACGUCUCGUAUCCUUUAUCCGCAGGAGUUCUACCACUGCAUAUCAUGAUGCGGAGACCAUCUGGCGUACACAAGUCCAGCUUACAAGCUCCACUUUUACAUCUCCGAUUGCUUUCAUGUUGUCACGAGUCCAAGAUCUUACGGUUCAUGCGCACUAUAUAGCAUGUCAUUAUGAUUCUUAUACAUACGGGUGUUGAUCUGGAAUAACAAAGGCAGGCGUCUUACAUACACGAUAUGUAAUGAAUACAUUGCAUUUCUUCUCCAUCGUUCGUUUUGGCUGCCGUUGACCACUAGCAAUGCACGCAGAUCAAUCAGUUCG